AUGAUGAAGCGAAUAACACUCCUGCGCCCUGUGUAUAUUCUUGGCACUGCCAUGUGCAUUUCUCUGUUUCUCUUCACUGUGGCGAUAAUGUACACUAGUGGCAUCAUUCCUUUUAUGGACUUCAUUAUAAAAGACACGACGAAACUACACAUGGUUCACAACAGUACACCUGUUCCCUUGCCUGAGAACACAUCCUCCCUUGAUGAGUCUCUGCGCUACAUUCCACACAGUACCAUACAGAAAUGGAAGGAGAGGGACUACCUCAUUGUGUUGGGCAUCCCAUCUCUGGAUAUUGAUGAGAGACGUACAGCUAGGAAGAUGCAGCGGACUACAUGCUGGCAGUUCCCCGGUGUUGCACGGAGGGCGAAUAACUUCACUGGGGCCAUGUUGGUGUUGUAUGUACUUGCACGGCAGCCUUUUCUUAGCUAUAGGUAUUCUGAGUCACUACUGAAGGAAGUGGCAGAGUAUCAUGAUAUCAUUACACUCUCGAUGAAUGAGGGUGUUCCGUCNCCUUUUCUUAGCUAUAGGUAUUCUGAGUCACUACUGAAGGAAGUGGCAGAGUAUCAUGAUAUCAUUACACUCUCGAUGAAUGAGGGUGUUCCGUCUGCAAAUAGAACUGUUGGUUCCAAUAAGAGUUGGGGAAUGGAUGUUUCUGUUGCUCUGUGUCGAAAGGUUUUCUACUGGUUUGAGAUUGCACUUCGUGUCUUUCCAAAUACAAACUAUAUUGCUAAGGGUGAUGAUGACAUGUUUCUUCUUGUCCCACAGUAUCUUGCUGACCUCUAUAUUUUACCGCAACGUAGAUUGUACUGGGGUUUUCUGGGUAAAGACAUUAUAAAGAAUGGCAGUGAGUGGAGUUGGUACCGUCGUGCUUGGGGUCCACUUUACACACUUGCGAAGGAUGUUGCUAUUCACCUUGUCUCACAUAUGCCGUUAAGACGUUUGAUUAAUAUUCCGUAUGAAAAAGAUCGAGAGGCUGAAUUUCUAUCGUUAAAUAUGGAAAAUGAAGAUACCAUGGUGGGUCGUGUACUGUAUGAAUCACUAAAGUUUGCUGGUUACAAAGAAAAUGUUUUUUUUGUGAGUGAGGGACCGUGCACCUUCCGUGAUAUUGGUUCCCAUUCCCGUCCUUUUAAUCUUUCUUUUACUUUUGUAAUGUUACAUCAUUUGUGGGAGGCUGAUUAUAUUGAGUUGAUGAAUCUGUUUGGAAAUAUUACUAAAGCCCGUCCAAGGCGUCGUAGACGAAUUCAUGGACGACUUCAUGGACGACUUCAUUUAGGUUGUCGUUGA